CAACAGUGCAACAUUUGUGGCUGCUUUUGCGCUUCGCAAAAUGUUGACUGGAGAAGUUGGAAAGUAUUGGCUAUUUACCCAAAGUUUCACCAAUAUGUGCAGCGUGAAGUGUCUUCGUCGUGUGCUAUUGUGGUGUCUUCUCUCAAACUGGAUCUCUGGGAAAGACCUAGUGGCAAGCACAGUGGCGAGCAGCCUGUGCUUGCCCAGCGGUUUGAAUCCGGAGUUUCGGAAGAACCUCUCCAAGGCUGGGGAGUCCUAUCCUGUAGGGGUUGUGCUUGCAGACUGGAGCUCUGCCCAUGUGACCAGCGCGGUUUUCGAAAUCCUGAUUGAAGAAGUGCUUGGCUACAACAUCUAUGUUGAUCCGCGCAGCCCUGCAUCAACUCUGGACGGCAUUUAUGCUCUUAUAGGUUGCACAACAUUCAUGAAUGCAGUGGACCGAGGCUGCACAGACCGCAACGCAAAGUUGCAUAUGAUGUCUGAGAGUUGGUGGCAGUACUACGCAGGAUACUAUGCGCUGGCAGAAGAAUUCCACGGGGAAAUUCCAAUCGAAGCGGGUGGCAUGGGAUACACUGGCUCAGAUGGCGUGUACGUUCCCAAAGCUAUUUUAGUAGAGGCUGAGAACGAAACAGGCUUAGCCCUCGAAUACUACAAGAGCUACCACCCGCAGUGGUUCAAACCUUGGGUGUAUUUUGGCAACGUCUCAGAUGUGGACACUUCAAUGGUGCUUCCAUGUCACCUGGUUGGCCACUUCACUCACAACGCCAGCACGUUCGUCUACUGGAGCAAAACUGGGGAUGACGGCGGAGUGACCAUUGUCAACAAUAGCUACAAAGUAUUUUGCGCAGAUGGUUUCUUUUGGAGAGCCGCGGCUUGUAGAAGCUCACCGUGGAAGUGCAUUUUGUUCAUCACGGCAGGCGAUGGUUGGGGUGCCCGCGCAGUGAUGGACAAGGCAACCUUUCUUUCCAUGCCCUUGGCAAUCGCUGUGGCCAACUCAGCGGUGAACUAUGUCACGAUUCCCCACUUCUACAAGAGCUUGAUCUACUGGUGGACGCCAGAUGCAACCUUCAUGGACCUCAAUCCUACCAAAUUAGUUUUCCCCCCCUACAAUGCCUAUGAGUGGAAUGAACGGCAAGUCUACACCACAGCUGGAGAAGAGACUCCAUCAUCCAAGCUGAUCAGCCAUGAUCUCGAAUUUCUGGCUCCUGACAUUGUGAAACUUUUGGGAAGCGGGACGUUUGACAUCAACGCAGUGAACAGCAUGAUGGCAGAACAGAAGGGAAGCGGUUUAUCUCGGAAAAAAGUAGCAUGCAAUUGGCUGAAGGCAAAUGAAGAGCGGUGGCGCCCUUGGAUUCCGGUUGAAACAGCGUGUUCGCUAGGUUUCGGGCUCUAUGACGAGACAAAGGACCGCUUUGCAACUCUACGAGCAGGAGCCACCACUUGCAGAGCGUGUCUUCCAGGCACCUAUUCUAUGAAGAUCGUAGAUAGCGUGGGUGUUACCUACGUUUGCGAGGCAUGCCCACCUGGUCAGCAGCAAAGAGGGGCUGGUGCUGUGGUUUGCGAGCCCUGCCCUUUGGGAACAUCGAAAGGUUAUCAAUCGAUUGAGAACUGUGCGCCGUGCCAGGCAGGUAAGUACCAAGACCAAGAAGGAACCCUGAUGUGCAAAGACUGUCCAAACAGCACCACCACAGUGCUUUUGGGAGUCACCAUGUUAUCGGAUUGUGUUUGCAAGGAAGGAACCAUGGACGUAAAUGACGCUGGGCAAAGCACGUUUGCUGUUUCCAAGGAAUGUGUCGAGUGCACAGAAGGCAUACGAUGCCCUGAUGGUGCCACACUCAAAGGGCUGCAGGUUGGGCAGAAUGUGACUGGGUUUUCUGGCCCAGCAAUCUUGGAGGGUUACUUCAGCUGGUCAAAAGAACCUCUCAGCAUUUACAAAUGCCCUGAGCCCUUUUGUCCAGGAGGUCGUCCAGGUACUUGCCAAGGUGGCAGAUUAGGUCCUACUUGUUCGGAAUGCGCGGCCGGAAUGUAUUGGGCAAAUGACCAAUGCACUGUUUGCGAAGUACCACUGAAAGUCACUUGGUUUGUGGCCAUUGUGGCGGCUUUUGUACUGAUGAUAGCCGCGUACUAUGGCACAGACCCACGCUACAGGGCUCGUGCCACGGUGAAGGAAUGCAUGUCAAUAGGGACAGAUUUGAUGCUAGCCUUUGUGCAAAACUUGGGCAUCCUCAGUGCAGUACAAGUUCCAUGGCCUGGCGAGUUGAGAGUGCUCUUCGAGUUUUCUUCGAUUUUUGUUCUCAAUCUCAAGGCCAUGGGUUUCAACUGCGCCUCGCAUGGCGACAUGCAGCAAUACGUUCUGUGUGCGGGUGUAUUUCUGGCAGUUACUGGGACUUUGCCAACGUUGGGUGCCCUCUCUCACUUCCUUCCGAGUUUGAAACGCCGCGAUUUGUCGUGGAACUUCUACAAAACAAUUUGCGUCACUGGGAAGUUCUUGCAGUCUGGCUUCACUACACUGUGCAACAUUGGCAUGGUGCCCUUCAUGUGUUUUCUACACCCGAACGGUACGCACAGUAUUUUGAAGUAUCCAAACACGUUUUGCAACAGUUCAGAGCACUGGGCCAUGCAAAUUGGAGGCACUGUGGUGCUCCUCUUGGCAAUGACCCACUUUAUCGUUUGCGCUUGGGCAUGCCACCAAGCACCUGUGUGGUCUAGAUCAACUCCGCAUCGACUCGUUGGUAUUGGUUUUCUUUUGGCAAACUACCGACCAUCUACCUGGUGGUUUGGUUUGACGCUUCUGAUCCGGGGCCCUUUGCUAUCGUUCCCAGCUGUGGUUGCCACCAAUUCACCAGGCAUCAAUCUCACCAUGAUGUUCUUUGUGUUGCAAAUAUCUUUUGCUUUGCAGCUCUAUUUCUUGCCGUGGAAAGCACCCAUUCUCAACAUCGUCGACGCAACAGCAACCAGCCUCUUCCUCAUGUUGCUUGCAAUCUCAUUGCAUUUGGAAGAUGCUAAUCGUUCCCUGGUGGUGCUAGAAUUGGUGGGAGUUGGUGUUUACUACGUAAGCAUCGGCGUCAUUGCGUGCGUUUGGUUUGUCUCUUUGGCCCUCCUGGCAUGGCAGCGCUGCUUUGCUGCAAGGAGGGAGCCAAAGAUUGUCAACUUAGGGGCGUUGCCGGAUGCCAACGACGUGCUCUCUGCCAUUGAGUUGGUCACAAUGAGCUUGGCACAAAAGACGGACAAGCAAAAGGAGUUCCUCCUCAAGAAAAUGUCCUUUGAAAUCUCUGCCUAUGAUUUGCGUAUUGUGGGUCAGGCUUUGGACAUUCUGUUUGACGAUUGCGAACUUCGCCCUGUCAGUCAGAGCGCUGCUGGAGCUACCGCCCGCCUUGCUGCUAAGCGGAUGAGCCAAAUGACCAGGAGGAGUAUCACGUAUCUUCGGCCGUCUUUGCAAAAAGAGUUGGAGGAGGAGGCCCAGGAGGUGCAUGCUGACACCAGGAUAGUUGGGGCAGCUGGUGCGCUUGAAGAGCAGCCUGAGGGGGUUGACGCGGAGGUUGAGGUCCGCCAGGUCCACAGUUUCAAUAGCUCAAUCUCUUCCUUUCGAGACGACGCUCUUUGACGUUUUGAUUUUGGUGCAUCGUGCUACGGCGUUGUUCCAGCAUGAAGUUUCACUGGCCUCCCACUCCCAGAAUGGGAGCAUAUCAAGGACCAAAGUCGGCAAUGAAGAUUCCUAGAGAUGCAUUUGUUAUAUAAA